AUGAGGUAUCUCUCCCGACAAAAGACCAGAUUAUGUAUCGCAGUAAAGUCGUCAAUUACUGGCAUCGGUUGGAAGCAGUCGUCUUUGACAACAUUACACAAUUUUGUUAGAGUUGUUCAUACUACUACAAAGCAUGCAUAUUAUUUUUCCAAGUAUAUAUUCCUCAAUGAAUUGCAAGCAGACCCUCAAUGUGACCUCAAAGAAUAUAUCAACAAAGAAUUUUUUGCUGAAGUAUGGCUUUCUUUGGUAGACUAUACAAAGGGAAAUGCUCGUGCAGACAAAGUUAUAAAGUAUCGCAAUUAUAUUAGCCGCCAUUUACCAAGUUAUCUGAAUGUCACAAACUAUCAAAGUUCAGACUGA